AUGAAAUGGUACAAGACAUUAUUCUAUCACUUCAUCGACAUUGCUGUGGUGAAUGCAUUCAUCCUCCAGAAGGAAAUGGUUAAGAACUGUGGACAGACCCCCAUGACACAGGUUGCCUUCAGAGAGCUGAUCAUCCAAGAGCUUGCUGACUAUGGCACAAAGUCCACUGCAGCACCUUCUGUCCCCUCUACUUCUGUCCACUCUACUCCUGCCACCAGUGGUGUUCACCUGCCAAAAUACAUAACUGCAGACAUGAAUGUGCCUCAGGGCCAAAGGGGCACAGCAGGAGGCGUCGUUGUAAUCUGUGUCACGAGAAAACUCCCAUCACCUGCGCUACUUGUUCUGUUACCCUCUGCUUUACAGCAGAAAGAGACUGCUAUGGGACUUGGCAUCAGCAGCACAAUCUUGUGUAGAGGACUGAUAGUGUUCUAA